GGUCUUCCUUGAGAAAAAUUGGUGUUGAUUAAAUAUUGUUGAAGCCUAAAACCCUAGCAAGGAUUAGAGGGCUAUGAAACGAGCUCUGUUUUACACUCGCAAUUUUCUUCUGUUCCCACCCAAAUUCAACGCCAGUCGUACAAUUUCACUUGUUCAACACGGUUCUCCAGCCCCUCCCACAGUCAGGUUCUACACACCCGAGUCUAAAUCAUCCAAUUUCGCCCAAACCCAGAACAAUAAUGGCGCUAGAGGCGUUGAGGACGUUAGCAACGAAGAGCUUAAAAGGAGACUAGACAAGUUCUUUGAGGGACAUGAGGAGGCAAUCCCAUCAAUCUUUGAAGCCAUAUUGAGAAGGAAGUUAGCAGGAAAGCAUGAAGAGAGUGAUGAUGAAUUGAUGGAAGAAAUUGGACACAAAAAUUCAGAUGAAGCUGAUGCCAAAGAUGCAGAAGAAGACUCUGAUUCUGAGCAAGAUUGAAAAGAAGAGUUAUCCAGCAAUCUGUACUGUAUAAUCCACUAAUGUUUUGUUCGUGUUUAUGACCGCUAACAUUUUUGUUAGAUUUUGAUGCAUACUCAUCUUGUUUUUAAUUUAUAAAUGUAAAAUCAUUAGGAAUAA